GGCUUUAGCAGCGAAGUAAACACUUCCUAAGAGUUCUAUUUGUACGUGUCUCUAGCUAGAAUCAAGGAUAAGAUCACAUACCGACUUAAAAGCCUAACAUAUUUAUUAAUUGCAGUUAAUUAAAUGUUUAUAAAAUAGUAAUAAUAGAUACUUUUUUGUUAACCAAAAAUUGUGAUGGCUGUAUUUCCUGUCUUUAGAAGAAGAUGUGAUGGCUGUAUUUCCUGUCUUGAGUAGCAAAGCAGUAGACGAACAUCACCUUGAUAUUACGCUUGUAGCAUUGAAUUGCUUCUGGAGAAGGCUUAAAUUGACAAAUCAAGUUAUUUUGUACAAUGUAACUCUGAAGGUGCUACAGAAAAACAAAUAUUUGAGCCGCGCGGAGAAACUGUUCGAUGAAAUGCUUGAAAGAGGAGUUAAGCCAGAUAAUGUUACAUUCUCCAUUAUUAUUAGCUGCGCUUGGUUCUGCUCCUUGCCGGUAAAAGUUGUGGAGUGGUUUGAAAAGAUGCCAGCUUUUGGGUAUCAACCAGAUGAUAUCACUUACACAAUGAUGAUUAAUUCUUAUGGAAGGUCUGAUAAGGCAACAAAUACAGCGAUCACAUAUGAAGGUGAAAUAAGGCAAUGUUUCUGGCAAAUUUCAAUGAGGGUAACGUAGUAAUAUUUAAUUUGGUGACUUCCUAUGUAAUUUUUGAAACUGUCAAUAGAAUUACUCUUAUUUUAAUGCUUUGAGUCUGGUCUAAUUGGUCCAUUUUAAGAUAUCCUAACUUAACAAUUAGUUGCACCAAAAUGUGGCUAAGGUGGA